AUGACUUUAAGCGGGCUUUGGUGCCGCUCAAUGAGCACAGCGUCCUCAUCUAAUGUGGUCCGGGUUCGAUUCGCACCCAGUCCCACGGGUCACCUCCAUUUGGGUGGGUUUCGAACUGCCCUCUACAACUACCUGUGGGCCAAAUCUCAGGGUCCCGAACCUGGUCGCUUCGUUCUCCGUAUUGAGGACACCGAUCAGUCGCGAUUGGUGCCGGGAGCGGCGGAGAAGAUCGAGCAUAUACUGGAAUGGACCGGAUUGGUGCCCGAUGAGAGCCCGUUGAAGGGUGGGGAUUUUGGGCCCUAUGUUCAAAGCCAACGCCUUCACUUGUAUUCACGGGCAGUGGAGCAAAUGCUCGCCUCUGGCCAUGCCUACCGAUGCUUUUGCACGGAGCGCAGACUCGAAUUAAUGAAGAAAGAAUGCGUGCGGCUGCGGGUCAGCCAUAAGUACGAUCGCCGGUGUCUGGAAUUAAGUCAAUCAGAGAUUCAGGAGAAACUGUCGCAGGGCGUGCCGCAUACGGUUCGACUCAAAAUCCGCCCUUUCCCCGAAUCAUUUUCCGAUCUCAUCUACGGCGAUCUGUCCUUUAACGUGUUUGAAUUGGAAGGUGAUCCAAUCAUUCUUAAAUCCGAUGGUUUUCCUACCUACCAUUUGGCUAAUGUGGUCGACGACCAUUGGAUGAAUAUCACUCAUGUGCUCAGAGGCGUGGAAUGGCAAAUCUCUACGCCCAAACAUCUCUUGCUCUAUGAGGCUUUGGGGUGGAUCCCGCCCAAAUUUGCUCAUUUGCCCUUGAUCGUGAACAGUGAUGGGACCAAAAUGUCCAAAAGACAAAACGAUAUCCAAGUGGAGCACUACAAAGAUCAAGGAUUCUACCCGGAGGCUGUGAUGAACUUUGCCACAUUGUUUGGUGGUGGAUAUGAGGACAAAGAACACACCACUGAUAUUGCCUUACGUAAGACGGAAUUGGUGAGCAAAUUCCGAUUGGAACGAAUCGGAACCAAGCCGAGUCGUAUGGAAUUGCAACGCUUGGCCGAUUUCAAUCGGACCAUAUUGAAAGAGAAACUGAGUCAAGAUUCGAGCCGAUUGAGUCUGGUCCAAGAUUUGCGGCUCUUGUUGCGCGAUGUGGCUGUGAAUGAAGGCGAAAUCAGUGACGAUUAUCUCCUGCGGGUCAUGGAAUGGGCCACGGAUCGGAUAUUCCUCUUGAAGGAACUCGUCGGAGAUGAUUUUAUUUAUAUUUGGAAACCGACGUUGAAUGUGGAUUCCAUCGAAGUCGAACGCGCAGUUUUGGAAGACACUCUGGCUUAUUUCAAGCAAGACCCUGAGCCGGAUAAGAUCGCUCAAGCACUCAAAAAGAUUGCCAAAAAGCAAGGGAUAAAAUUUCCUGCCCUAAUGAAAUCGCUCAGGUUGAUUCUCAGUGGGUCCAAAGAAGGCGCUCCUAUCAAAGAAACCAUCGAUAUCCUGGGUAUUCCCGAAUGUAUUCAGCGACUCGACCUUUCAAUAAAGAAACUAGAGCGUUCACGACGAUGA